AUGUCGUACCCAGUUGUGGUUAUUGACAAUGGUACGGGCUAUACCAAGAUGGGCUACGCCGGCAAUGAGGAGCCAACAUACAUUAUACCUUCUGUGUAUGCCGAUAAUGAAGCGGCCAGACGACGAUCUAAUGAUGUAUUUGAUGAUCUUGACUUUUACAUUGGAGAAGAGGCCGCCGCACGGGCCGGGUCCUGCAGUAUAUCGUAUCCCAUCAAACACGGCAUUGUGCAGGAUUGGGAUAAGAUGGAGCGUAUGUGGCAACACUGUAUAUAUAAAUAUCUGCGAGUGGAGCCAGAGGAACACGGAUUUAUUCUCACAGAACCACCGGCCAAUCCACCAGAGAAUCGAGAGUACACCGCUGAAGUGAUGUUUGAGACAUUUGGUGUUAAACAAUUACACAUUGCCGUGCAAGGCGCACUCGCACUGCGGGCCUCAUGGACAUCCGGCAAAUCGCAGGAACUCGGCGUGGCUGGAAAUGAUACUGGAAUCGUCAUUGACUCCGGUGCGGGAGUAACACAUGUUAUUCCCAUUGUAGAUGGAUUUGUAAUGAAUCAAGCUAUUCAUCAUAUUCCACUCGCUGGAAGAGAUAUCACGAACUUUGUUUUAGAGAGACUCCGUGAACGUGGGGAACCCGUUCCACCCGAUGAUGCCCUUCUACUAGCACAACGUAUAAAGGAACAGUAUUGCUAUAUUGCUCGUGAUAUUGCAAAAGAAUUUAAUACAUAUGAUCAAAACCUUCCCAAGUACAUCACUAAACAUCAUGAUGUGAAUAGUAAAACUGGACAAACCUAUACAGUGGAUGUGGGGUAUGAAAAAUUCCUUGGACCGGAGGUUUUCUUUCACCCAGAAAUAUUUAGUAGUGAAUGGACUGUACCAUUACCAGAAGUAAUUGAUCAAGCCGUAUGGGCAUGUCCUAUCGAUUGUCGACGUCCACUUUAUCGUAAUAUUGUCCUUUCUGGAGGAACUACUAUGUUUCCAAAGUUUGAUAAAAGAUUACAAAAAGACUUGCGAGCUAUUGUGGAUCGUCGGGCGAAAAAAUAUAUGGCCGCAUCCGGAGAUCCCAAUCGGCAGAUUUCAUAUGAAGUAAAUGUGGUAUCACAUGAACGACAGAGAUAUGCUGUGUGGUAUGGGGGAAGUAUGUUAGGGUCAAGUCCAGAGUUUGCCAGCAUAACGAAAACAAAGAAAGAGUAUGAAGAGUAUGGUCCAUACAUUUGUCGACAAAAUAACAUGUUUCAUUCUAUUUUUGAAUAG